AUGACUACCCUUCAAAUGUCAAUGUUUCACCUAUUCACCAACUCUUUCACACUUUGGGACGACGCAUACGGAUGUCCGAAAAAUUUGACAACGAUGCGAUUCGAGCGACCAGUUCUUGGUGGCUUUUUUGUAUUUUCCGGUUUGCUGUUCAUCGCUCUGUACAUUCCAUGCUUCUUGGCAAUCCUCAAAAAGAAAUCUCGUGCUCCAGUCUACCAGAUCAUGUUGGCUCUUGCUGUAUACGACAUACUAUCGUUGAGCAUCAAUUCAGUUUGUACUGGUAUUUUCGACAUCCUUGGUAUAUCAUUUUGCAAUUAUCCCAUUCUCAUUUUCUGCCUCGGCGCCACAGUUGGUGGCUCGUGGAUGUCUGGAUGUUUGGCAUGUGUGCUACUUGCUGUUGAAAGAUGUGUUGAGAUUAGUCCACAAUUUCCAUUGGAGUUUUUGUUCAGUCAAAAUGUGUUCCCAGUUGUUAGAAUUCUGAUGGUUUUGUACACCAUAUAUUCAUACGUUUUUGUAAAAGCCCUCAUAUUUUCCGCGGAGUAUAGUUGUUGGUUUUUCGAUCCUAUGAUUGGAAAGGAUCCCCUCAUCUACCACAGCUAUCCGCAUUCCGUAAACAACUAUUCUGUUGGAAUAGCCACUACAGUACUUUACGUCUAUGUGGCAUAUCGAUUGAUCUACAAACACGGUUAUUCUACUUCAAUGUGGCUGUACAAGACUAAACGACAGAUUCUAUUCCAAGCGAUAACCCUGUGCAUUUUUCAUACCACAGCCGCAUUUAUCUACGAAUAUAUGCAAAUGUUUGGAGCUACUUUUGAACUAAUAGUGUUCAGUCAAUUCGUUUGGCAAUGGAGCAGUGGUGCAGUUUGUGUUGCGUAUUUGGUAUUUAAUCGAACUAUGCGAAAUAUGGUUGUGAGAUUAAUAAUACCAAGAACAGUAAGAAAAAAACGCGGUUGGUACAUUGGAGCAGACGAGCAUAUUGCUUUGGAACAAGCUGGAGGUGUAACGUUAUCAGCAGGGAUAGCUGCGAUAAAUGCUGCCGGAGGAACUGUAAAGUUUGAUAAUUUUGUGUUGAAUUGCACCAGUAGUUAG